AUGCCUCAGUACAGAAUUGAGGUGUCGCCCAACAACCGGGCUGUCUGCAAAGACACAGUUUGCAAGAAAGAAGGGGUCAAGAUCAUGAAGGGCGAGAUUCGUGUCGGCACCUGGGUCGAGAUCCAGGAGCAUGGCAGCUGGUCCUGGAAGCACUGGGGCUGCUUGUCUGGAUUCCAAGUCGGCGGGUUCCAGGAAGUGUGCACAACUGAUGACGGAUCCUAUGACUUCAGCGCCAUUGAUGGCUACGAUGAGAUCAACGACAACCCUGAAGCACAGGCAAAGAUAAGGCAAGCCGUGGAACAGGGCCAUAUUGAUCCCAAGGAUUUCAACGGGGAUCCUGAGAAAAACAAGCCAGGAGAGAAGGGAAUCCAUCUCACGGCGAAGCAAAAGGAGAAGAAGCUUGCUAAGGAGAAGAAGGACGAAGAGGACGAUGAGGAGGAAAAGCCCAAGGCCGCGAAGCAGAAGCGGGGUCGCAAGAAGGCUGAUGACGACGAGGACGAGGAGCCAGCCCCUAAGAAGUCUAAGAAGGCAGAGCCCUCCAAGACUGACAAGGCUGCUGCUGGCAAGGCCGCUCCCAAGAAGUCUCGAGCUUCCAAGGCUGCACCCAAAGCCGAGGAUGAAAGUGAGGAAGAGGUUGAAGACGAACCUGUUCCCCAGAAGAAGGGCAGGGCCACGAAGGCCAAGGCUACUCCAAAGAAGUCUCAAAAGGCUGCAGCUAAGGAAGAAGACCCCGAGACUGAGGAAGCCGAGGAGGAGGAGGAAGCCGAGCCUGCUCCUCAGAAGAAGGGCCGGGCAACCAAGGCCAAGGCCGCAGCUAAACCUGCCCCCAAGAAGUCUCAGAAGGCUGCCCCCAAGGAAGCAUCCCCCGAGGCUGAGGAGGCUGAGGAGGAGGAAGAAGAAAAGCCAGCACCAAAGGCCAGGGGCAGAGGCAAGCGCGCGUCCGUGGCUGCUGCUGCUGAGCCGGAGCCAACUAAGGGACGUCGCACUCGGCCCCGUAAGCAGUAA